GUUACAAAACCGAUAGAAUCGAAUAUCUCUCCGUUCGGUUUAGAUCUGCUGCAGCGAAUUAUCAAAUAUUCAGCUCUAAAAGAAGGUUAAAACAAUUAUUUUAAUCUAUCCACAAUUAAUUGCAGGUUAGACGAGAUGUCUUACAAGAAAGUUGGAUCUUUGUUCCUAACAGAGAAGGGAAAAACCGUUUCCCUUUGGUUUAUGGGAAGUAUAGGAGUUGGGGCCUUCUGCGCUCAAUAUAUCCCUCACACUUUAUUGAUUAAUAAAUAUGUGGAUGUAAUACAUUUAUACAAGAACGGAAUUGCUGUGACACUGAACUCGAAAUUAGUGGAAAGAUUUAACAAGGCUCUUGUAUAUGCUGAUGUGCCAGAUCAAGAUGUUAAAUUGUAUAAACCUUUUGCCAUUUUUGGAUUUGAUAUCUCUCAUGUGGGUAUGUCCUUCAGCAAGUACGGUUGUCAGGUGGGAAUUCCUGUUAAUUUCAAUUAUGUGAGUGCUGAUACUGUCGAUAAGAGCACUAUUAAGAUAAAAGGUGAAUCGGUUGCUUGGUCGACGGACGAAGCCGAGCAGUUCUUGGACUCUGUAGUUCUUUCGGAAAAUGCUCAAAUAUAUGCGAUGGCUCGUGAAAUUAAGAUGUCGCAGACUUUUAAGCUUAUAGUGGACGCAAUCUGCGGUCCGUUGUCCGUGUUUGUAGCGUACGGCUCCAGCGUUUUCCUCAACGGAAAGUUCAAUUUGUACCCGAAACCGAUGGGCGUGCGGCUGGUGAUGUACGCGCUCGUGGGAACGUUCACGUUUGGAAACUACCUCUUCAUCAAAGACUUCAACCAGUUGUAUUACGAGUCGUACGUGGACAAGGAGUUGAAGGCGAAGGAUCCGAGGCUGGUGGAAGGAGCCAAAGAGUUUUACGAGAAGAUUCUGAGAAGGAAUCAGGCGUUGAGGACACUGAUGGGAAGCGAAGGCGAGGAUUUCUAUACCGUGCACGGAAACGAGAAUUACUCGUUCAGGCAAAGGCAUUUACCGCUCGUUCAGAGAUUAGACUUUUUCAAAGAGAAAGCGCAAACGGAGGAGUUGAAUUAAAGACACGCAAAUUGCAGUUUCAGAACUGAAAAAACAACAAUUGAUGGAGCAAAUACUAUGUUUUCAAUUCUCCAAUGUUUUCUCUAGUAGUUUUUAAAUUUCAGAUAAUUUAUU